CACAUUUUACCAUCAAAGUGCUUUCUUGGACUAUUUCUGGACGAUCUCAUAUAUUUUCUAGAUGCGUGAGGAGGCUGAAAAUGUUCGUGUGGGGGUAUUACUCACAUCAGUCGCAGAGAAAAACACUUGUGUGGUUAUUACGGAGGAUGGACACAGAGUGGACCUUGUGACUGGAAAAGAUGAGAGCACGAAGUCAUUCUCUUUUGACAUGGUGGUGACUGAUGACAAUAUAACAGGACUUUAUUCAGAUUUCGUGCAGCCCUUGGUCCAGUCAGUGCUUGAAGGUUAUAAUGGAGCUCUGUUGAUACAUGGGGCAUCUACAGAGAAAACCAAGGCCCUCAUAGACCAGAACAUCAUCAAACAAAUUUUGAUCAGUCUGCUCAAUGGUAAAGCACAAGAAAAAGAUGACUCUUUUGUGGCCUUGUCAUUCAUUCAGUUCUACCCUGAUGGUACCACUGUGGACGUACUCGGGUCCAAUCGAGAAAAUCUUAAACCUGUGACUCAUCCAAUUAUUGGAAGGUCAGUCAGGUCUAACCAGAAAGAUUACAAAAUUGCAGGGGGUGUGAGUGAAGUGUGUGUGAGCUCCUCAGAAGAGGCCUAUAAUCUGUAUGAAACAUGCAGAGACAGAGUGAGGUCCAGUCCAGGAGGCUUGUCCUGCAGGUGUAGCGCUGUGCUGUCGGUGGCUGUGGAGUGGAGAGUCCAGAGUGAAGUGUGCCGCAGCAGAUUGCAGCUGUUCAGUCUGGAGGGGGGAGCCAGCAGGACCCAGCUCCGAGGCGUCAGUCCCCUUGUGAAAGCACUGGCUGAGAUCCAAACUGAAGACUCAAUUGAGGACAAGCUUCUUCCUUUCCUCCUAAAAGAUACCCUAAAUGGUAAUAGCCGAACCGCUCUCCUCUGCUGCCUCCAUCCUCAAGGUGUUUUGGAUAAUGAGACCCCGAAUGCUUUAACUUUGGCCGAGAAAGUGAGAAGUCUGGUGACUAAGCCAACAGUUAUUCGCUGGUGUCCAUGGGCAGCUGAGGAGGAGAUUCGGAACAAAAUGGCGGCUCUCAGGACAGAGAUGAUGUCAGAGGGAGCCACUGAACUUCAUAGCACUUACAGGCUGGCCCAGUUAAACCACGAUCUGCAGGUUGUUAAAAGUCAGUCAUGGGAGAGAAGACGUGAGCAGUCAAAUAGGAUAAAGGAUAAACCAAAGAAUCAUCGGUUGGCCUCUAGUACAAGCUCAAGUGGAGAUAUUGGGGAGGUACCAGAGACACUGAAACGUUUGCAGGAUCAGCUGAGAUUCGAGAUGCACAAACAUAUACAAGAUGGUAAAGGGGAUUCAAAAAUGUUGCAGGAACAAGUUGAAAGAAUCCACCAACUCAGAGAAGCUUUGAGAGAAGAGACACUCAAACACAGCACUGCUAUAGAUAAACCUGACAUUUUCUCACAGUCUCAGCUGGAGUAUAACAAAGCGCAGGAGCGACGGAGGCGUGUGCAGGAGGAUCAUGGGAGAUUAAUUCAGGAGGAGGUGGAGAAGAUGGAAAGAGAACUGGCACAAGAGCAGCCCCUGACAGAGGGUCCCCAGAGGGAGUUACUAGUGUUAACCAAAGAGAGGCGAGUCUUGGUACUGCAGCUGGAGGCCCUACGCACAGAGCUCCAACAAACUGAACAGGACCUGAAUCACCAGCACAACACACACCAGGCUGAGAUGCACUGUCUGAGAGAGGAGAGUCUGCAGGUGUUCAGAGUGUUUCGGGACGUGUGUGAGGAGCAGAGGAGGAUGUCAGAGGAGAGAUACCGCACCGUGCUGCUGGAGGCUGUACAGGACGCAGUGUACCUCUCUGCCCAAAAUCAGCAACUGCAGGCGGAGAACAAGGAGCUGAGCAAAGCUUUGGCAGAAUUGAAGGACACUUUGGCUGCUCAAGGUGAAUCUAAAGUGAAAUAGCUUUGACAAAGAAAUUAUCACAAAUUGAACAGUUUUAACCAUUUAUUUGAAAGCUUAACACUCUCCAACUUAUCUUCAA